UUGGCUCCACUCCCGGCUGGUUGCCGUGCGCCAGUCUACGACGAGACUUCGUGCGGUCGAUAUCGGAAGCGCUUACGCGCUCAUCGAAAUUUCGAUAUCGUUUUUUUUUGGAGGAGGACUCCCCAGUGUGUCGCGUGACAUUAUCCGAAACGAACGAUUAGUUUUAUUAAACGAUAUAACAACGUGGUGCUUUGUGAAACUUGCGCUCGCGUGACGUAAAACCUUUUAGAAAAGCUCUUGAGAUACCGAAAUAUACAUACAUAUAUGUACAAAGACAAAUUAUCGGAUUCGAUGGUAUAUAAGUGUUCGAAAAGGUCAGUUGUCGUCGGAUCGUCUCUACGUUUUCUUUGCUAUUCUAUUCUCUAGUGCAGUACGCGGAGGAAUCAAGGAAGAACUCGUCUUUGUACGACGCUAAAGGCCAAGGCUACUGCUGUUGCUGCUGCUGUUGCUGCUGCUUUCACCGAGGAGAGCUUCCACUGGAAGUGAGAGAGAGAGAGAGUGGGAGAGAGAAAGACGGACAAAGGAAGAGAAUGAGCGAGUGAGAGGGAACGACGACGACGACGAGUCGGCACGUGGGCAAGCCAAGAUCAACCGAGGGUUUGUUGUGCGUGGUGGUGAAAGUGAGAAAGAGGAGUAGAGAAAGAGAGCGAAGGCGUACUUUAUUGGAAAAGACUGCUGGAUUGUUUACUUUGACGAAGCACUUGAAAGAAAUUUUUACGAGCAGGAGAGUAGCGUGCGAGGAACUCCGCGUGAGGAGGAAAAAAAAAAAAAAAAGAUCCAAGAAGAAAAGUACGAAGGAAGAAAACAAUAGAUUUUCGAAGUGAGUGAAGAAGGAAGACUAGCGAGAGGAAGAAAUUUUACGAGACGCUCUUCUCGUGUAUACAGAUCGUUUGCUAUAAAGUUCUUCAUAAAUUCUGGAUGAUUUAUGAGCGUUCCACCGAUCGAUACAUAGCCGUGGAAGAGGACAAAGAGAGAAGAGCGAAGCGACGUCGUAGUCAUGGUGUAAAAGAGGAAGGAAAACGGAGAGAGAAAAAGAGAGAAGAAAAAAGAAAAAUGAAGAUACGAGAAGGGAGGAGACAACUGUGACGGCAAACUGUGUUUCAUGCGAGGCUGUAAUCAUAAACAGGAUACCACUUCAUCGUCUAGUCGAUUAAUAGGAAUAGAGAGAAAAAGAGAGAACUUGGCCGACGGCGAAGGUGAUGCUCCAGGUGAGCGGAUACAACGAGCCCUGGGCGGCCCUUUUUUCUUCUUCUCAUUCUUCUUCUUCUUCUUCUUCUUCUUCUUCUUCUCCUCCCCUUAGCUCUUCCUAUUACCUUUCUUCCUCUUUUUCUAUCUCCUUUCUCUGUGAACGUUAUCGAGAAAGAAGAAGAACCAUAGUCAUCGCCGUUGCGUCGAGUCAAAGUGAAGAAAAAAAACGAGUAAUAGUAACGUCGUCGUCGUCGUCGUCGUCGUCGUCGUCGUCGUCGUCGUCGUCAUUCUCAUCGAGAAAGAAAAGUCGAAGGACGACGAGUAGAACGAAGAAAAGGUUCGAAACUAGUAAAGGUAAUAAAGGAAGAGGAAGAUACGAAGAAGAAGAAGAAGAAGAGGAAGAAGGAAAGAGCGCCUCGUCGAAAACGGCGCUCUUGUUACGGCGGCGAUAGGAGAGAGAGUUAUGGUGGCUCGCACAUGCAAUGACUGUGGCCGCAGCCGUGGCACUGUGGCAUCGUGCCAACCUCUACAAGGCGAUGGCCUGCGUCGUCCUCGCGCUCAUUGCUGUUCAGUAUCUUCUAAGCGGAGUAUUGGAUCGUCGAUCCAUCGAGACCAUAUUCACCAUUAAUGCUACGAGAUACGCCGAUCGGACGUACAGGAACCAUCCUCGUGGAUUGAUCAUAUACGGUCCAGCGACAGUGUCUAGCAUUCUCAAAGGCGACAACAACAACAACAACAACAACAACAAUGUCACUUCGAAAAUAUUCCCAUCAGCCGGCAAAGGGGAUAAUGUUGGAAGUGGUCUCGCAAACAUUACCAAAACCGAAGCUGGAGUAUUUCCGACGAACAACGUCGUUGGGUUGUCUCCUGGAAGCUCACCUCAAUAUGCCUCGAAUGCCACGAAUAACGCGACGAUUCAACAAUGUCCCCUUGUAUCUCCAAAUCUCGUUGGUCCAGUGGCCGUUAGUAAAACUCCACCGGAGAUGUCGGUCAUUGAAAAAACGUUCAUCGAGGUGAAUCCAGGUGGAAGAGGAUGUCCAACGAAUUGCGUAGCGAGAGAUCGCGUAGCCAUUAUUAUUCCGUUUCGUGAUCGCCCACAGCAUCUGCAGGCGUUACUCUUCAACGUGCAUCCGAUUCUCUUGCGUCAGCAAAUCGAUUAUCAGAUCUUUGUGGUCGAGCAGGAAGGUACCGGAGCAUUUAAUCGAGCGAUGCUGAUGAACGUCGGUUACGUGGAAGCCUUGAAAGAAAGAACGUUCGAUUGCUUCAUUUUCCACGAUGUCGAUUUACUUCCGGAAGACGAUAGAAAUCUGUACACCUGCCCGGAACAACCCAGGCAUAUGUCCGUCGCCGUUGAUAAGUUCAGAUACAAGCUCCCGUAUGCCGACCUUUUCGGUGGUGUUUCCGCUAUGUCCCGGGAACAUUUCAAACUGGUGAACGGCUUCAGCAACGUCUUUUGGGGUUGGGGUGGCGAGGACGACGACAUGGCAAAUCGUAUAAAGGCUCAUGGUUUGCAUAUAUCUCGUUAUCCCGCUAACGUAGCUCGGUACAAGAUGCUAACGCACAAGAAGGAGAAGGCUAAUCCAAAGAGGUACGAGUUCCUGAGGACAGGGAAGAAGAGAUUCGCGACGGAUGGUCUAAGCAAUCUUCAAUACGAGCUGAUCGAUAAACAAAAGCCAAAAUUGUAUACGUGGCUUUUGGUACGACUGACACCACCGCAGCCCAGCUGAUGGCUACCAUGGAUCGGUUGAAGGCUCUGGGAACUUUCUCUCAUGGCCUUAUCAAAAUGAUACAGAGUCCGCUUUCUUUUUCAGAACGUUCCUCCUUCUUUCUAUUUUACGACUAAUGCUCUAUAAAACUCGCACAGUGGGAUAAAUUAUCUGUGAGCGUCCGUUGUUUAUUACGUGCGUGCGUGUGUACUUUUUUUCUUUUUUUUUCUUUUCUUCAUUUUUUUUUUUUUUUUUUUUCUUUUCUUUUUUGAACGUUCUCUAAAGAAAAAGAAAGAGAAUGAACAAGAUGAAGAAGAGAGCGAAGACUUCGAUCGGUACGUUUCGUAAUACGAAAACGAACUUCCGCACUGUUGUUGUUGUUGUUGUUUUCGAUUGUAUCCGGCGUGCGCGUUUAGAUAAAUCGCGUCUAUUACUACUGGUUUCCCUUGAAAAUCUUAGCACCGUUAGAGGGGUGCGACGACGGUGGAAACGUCAUUGCGUGAUAUAUUUUUAUUCCUCAUAUUUUUUUAUUGCAACGAUAGGAUAACGAGUGCGAUUAGAGAUGUAACGAAAGAGUUGACGUGCCAAAGGAGAGAGUGAAAGUGAAUCUAAGAAAAAAAAAAAAAAAAAAAAAGAAUGAAUAACAAGGAAGAGAGAGAGAGAGAGAGAGCGUGUGCAUGGAAUUUUUAUGAUUGAGUGCAUGAACGACGGUAAUUUGGUCGGAUAAAAAAUUCCUUAGAAUUAAAUAAAACAAAAAGACGUCCACGUUAUCUCUGGAUCUCAUUCCGAAUCUUCUUCCUGUUUAAAUUGAAAACAAAAAAAAAAAAAAAAAAACAAAAAAAAAAGAGAAAAAGAUAAAACACAAAAAAAAGCAUAAAGAAAAAACAUAAAAAGUAUGAUUAUCACACAAAAAAGACAUGGAACGGGAAGAAGAAAUAAUUUUUUCCAAUCGCGGAACGUCGUCUAUCUACUUAAUUAAGCUAAAUAACUUUAGGAUAUGCUUGGAAAAAGAAUUUACUUAGCCUAUAAUUAGUCAUUAUAUUAUUAUGUAUAUAUAUAUAUGUAUAUAUAUAUACACACACACACACACAUACAUACGUACACACGCACACACACACUUCUAUUUUUUUAUAUAAAACAACUUUUAAAAAUCGCGAAUGCAGUGUCCACAGAUACCGUGGACGUUCGCUUUACGUCGUGUCGCCCGUUUGCACGAGAUAUCAAUGAAAUAAAAUAUCAAAUGAGAUUAAAAAUAAAAGAAAAAAAAAAAAAAAGGAGAGAGUAAGAGGAUAGGAAAGAGAAGAAAGAAAGAAAAUAAUGAAAAAGAAAUGAAGAUAAGCUUCCUUUUGGAUCAUCGACGCUUCCAUUUUCCAUGAUUCACACGCAACGCAAUUGAGAGGCAAAAUUUCAUCGCGUGGAUUUACAAAUAAUAUAAAUAUAUAAAUAUAUAUAUAUAUAUAUAUAUAUAUAUAUAUAUACACACAUAAAUACAUAUAUAUAUGUGUAUAUAUAUAUUAUAACUUAUAUAAUAGCAAACGUAUAAAUAUAAUUAUCGAAAAAAAAGGAGAAGGGAGAGCUAUAGAAUGAGAGAGGUAGAGAGCGCGGGCGCGCAUGUGUAAAAGACAUUAAUUAAUGAACAUUAAGACAUUCGCGUCCGGCUAAAUUGUUAAAGUGCAUUCUCAUUAUUCGGCAUGUAUCAUUUCAAACAACUUGUCUAAACCAUGAAGUAAGAGAAACAUAAUACAUUAUAAAAAUUUAUUGACCCACAAUGAUAUACUUCGCGAGAGCUGAAAUACGUAGAUAUUUUCUUUGGAUCGAAUUAAAAAAAGGAAAAAAGAAGAAGAAAAAAAAGAAAGAUCAAAAAAAGAAAAGAUCUUUGACAGAUUGUGAUGUAGAAUUUAUUUUUGUAUUUAGGUACAUUUAUUUUCCUAUCUUUCUUUUUCUCGUCUUUUUGUGUUAUCGUUUAUUGUUACGAAAUUGUACAUAUACAAUAUAAGUAUAUACAAUACCUCUCGUUAUUUUAUUUAUAUAGAUUAUAAAUAUGAAAAAAUAUUGCAAAAAGUAGAUUUGUUGCGUUUAAUUGUAUAAUGGGAAGGAAACUUUCGAUUCGAUCGUACGUUCAUCAGCUCCCGUGGCUUUUUUCAUUAAACGCGUGAAAAUUAAUAUCAAUCAGCAAAAACGAAAUAGCGAUUAAAUCUAAAUACGAUGUAAGUUAAAUUGCUAAGUAUUUAUAUAAACGUAAGCAAUUCUUUGAGAUAUACGAGAGAGAAGACGUAUUUAACGUAAAUGCAGUUACAUACCACGUAUGAACAGAGAAACGUAUCGUCAUUCACAUCGCCAAUUUAUUAUUAAAAUACAAUUUAUUAAAAACGAAUAAUAUUAUAAAAAGAAAAGGAAAAAGAAAAAAAGGUGUGCAAGAGCCGUACACGAGGAUCAUCGUCGAUUCUAAUCUACGCCAUUGGCAGAUUUAUAUUCCUUGAUAUUUAUUUCGCAAAUAUCUCGAAGAAACGAGGAAAAAAAAAGAAAUAAUAUUUGAUAUGUGAUUCGAACGUAGAAAAUAUAUUAUUAUACAUCCUCGUGUACGUAAGAUCUUGCUUUUUCUCAUCUCUAUUUUAUGCGCGUGAUGUAAUAGAAGAAUAAAUUCUGUUAAAAAGAA